AGACACAAGAAAAGGGAGCGCGCCUGCCGCCGCCGCCCUCCUCGGAAGAGAGGCUGGAGUGAGGCUGUGCGAAGCGCCGCAUUUCAAUGAGGACCGGCCAAGGCACAUCCCUGCACUAGUGGCCGCAGCCGAGACGCCCGUGCUCCCGCAGCUGCUGCCGCCCAGCCCCGCACCGACGCCGCCCCCAGCCCCACAGCCCCGCAGCCCCAGCCGCACCCAGCAGGGCAAGGACAGCUCCAGGAGGCAGCCCCAAGCGCGGCCACAAAGAUCCCCGGCGACUCUCCUAGGACCGGUUCCCCUUGCAGUCCAUCAUGUCCUUCGGCAGAGACAUGGAGCUGGAGCACUUCGAUGAGAGGGACAAGGCGCAGAGGUACAGCCGAGGGUCGCGGGUGAACGGCCUGCCGAGCCCCACGCACAGUGCCCACUGCAGCUUCUACCGCACCCGCACGCUGCAGACCCUCAGCUCGGAGAAGAAGGCCAAGAAAGUUCGUUUCUAUCGAAAUGGAGAUCGAUAUUUCAAAGGGAUUGUGUACGCCAUCUCCCCAGACCGCUUCCGAUCUUUUGAGGCCCUCCUGGCUGAUUUGACCCGAACUCUGUCGGAUAACGUGAAUUUGCCCCAGGGAGUGAGAACAAUCUACACCAUUGAUGGGCUCAAGAAGAUUUCCAGCCUGGACCAACUAGUGGAAGGAGAGAGUUAUGUGUGCGGCUCAAUAGAGCCCUUCAAGAAACUGGAGUAUACCAAGAAUGUGAACCCCAACUGGUCAGUGAAUGUCAAGACCACCUCAGCUUCCAGGGCAGUGUCUUCACUGGCCACUGCCAAAGGCAGCCCUUCGGAGGUGCGUGAGAAUAAGGAUUUCAUUCGGCCUAAGCUGGUCACCAUCAUCAGGAGUGGAGUGAAGCCGCGGAAAGCUGUCAGGAUUCUGCUGAACAAGAAGACGGCUCAUUCCUUUGAGCAAGUCCUCACUGACAUAACCGAUGCCAUCAAGCUGGACUCGGGAGUGGUGAAGCGCCUGUACACUCUGGAUGGCAAACAGGUGAUGUGCCUUCAGGACUUUUUUGGUGACGAUGACAUUUUUAUUGCAUGUGGACCGGAGAAGUUCCGUUACCAGGAUGAUUUCUUGCUAGAUGAAAGUGAAUGUCGUGUGGUGAAGUCCACUUCUUACACCAAAAUAGCUUCAUCAUCCCGCAGGAGCACCACCAAGAGCCCAGGACCUUCCCGGCGCAGCAAAUCCCCUGCCUCCACCAGCUCAGUUAAUGGAACCCCUGGUAGUCAGCUCUCUACUCCUCGCUCGGGCAAGUCGCCAAGCCCAUCACCCACCAGUCCGGGAAGCCUGCGGAAGCAGAGGAGCUCUCAGCAUGGUGGCUCUUCUACUUCACUGGCAUCCACCAAAGUCUGCAGCUCAAUGGAUGAGAACGAUGGCCCUGGGGAAGAAGUGUUGGAGGAAGGCUUCCAGAUUCCAGCCACAAUAACAGAACGAUAUAAAGUCGGAAGGACAAUAGGAGAUGGAAAUUUUGCCGUUGUCAAGGAAUGUGUAGAAAGGUCAACUGCUAGGGAGUAUGCUCUGAAAAUUAUCAAGAAGAGCAAGUGUCGAGGCAAAGAACACAUGAUCCAGAAUGAGGUGUCUAUUUUAAGAAGAGUGAAGCAUCCCAAUAUCGUCCUUCUGAUUGAGGAGAUGGACGUGCCGACUGAGCUUUAUCUUGUCAUGGAAUUAGUAAAGGGCGGAGACCUUUUUGAUGCCAUUACUUCCACUAACAAAUAUACCGAGCGAGAUGCCAGUGGGAUGCUGUACAACCUGGCCAGCGCCAUCAAAUACCUGCAUAGCCUGAACAUCGUGCACCGAGACAUCAAGCCAGAGAACCUGCUGGUAUAUGAGCACCAAGAUGGCAGCAAAUCCCUGAAGCUGGGUGACUUUGGAUUGGCCACCAUUGUAGAUGGCCCCCUAUACACAGUCUGUGGCACCCCAACAUAUGUGGCUCCUGAAAUAAUUGCAGAGACUGGAUAUGGCCUCAAGGUGGACAUCUGGGCAGCUGGUGUAAUCACUUACAUCCUGCUGUGUGGUUUCCCUCCAUUUCGUGGAAGUGGUGAUGACCAGGAGGUGCUUUUUGAUCAGAUCUUGAUGGGGCAAGUGGACUUUCCUUCUCCGUACUGGGAUAAUGUUUCUGAUUCUGCAAAGGAGCUCAUUACCAUGAUGCUGUUGGUCAAUGUGGAUCAGCGAUUUUCGGCUGUGCAGGUCCUUGAGCAUCCCUGGGUUAAUGAUGAUGGCCUCCCAGAAAAUGAACAUCAGCUGUCAGUAGCUGGAAAGAUAAAGAAGCAUUUCAACACAGGCCCCAAGCCGAACAGCACAGCAGCCGGAGUUUCUGUCAUAGCACUGGACCACGGGUUUACCAUCAAGAGAUCAGGGUCUUUGGACUACUACCAACAACCAGGAAUGUAUUGGAUAAGACCACCGCUCUUGAUAAGGAGAGGCAGGUUUUCCGACGAAGACGCAACCAGGAUGUGAGGAGCCGGUACAAGGCGCAGCCAGCUCCGCCAGAACUCAACUCGGAAUCGGAAGACUACUCCCCGAGCUCCUCCGAGACUGUUCGCUCCCCCAACUCACCCUUUUAAUAAGCCCCUUUUACUCAAAGUCCUAGCUUAACCCUUUGAGACUCUGAGAUUUUUUUUUCCCCAAAAUUUAUGUGAAACAGUUUCAUCUGAUCUAUCUAGCGCUCAGUGCUUGAAUGGCAGAAGAGAAAGUGUGUUUUCGGGUCUCUUUGUAGCGAUUUCCCUUUACUGAAUGAGAUGGCACGUGUCGGUUUGUGAAGAUGGUAAUUUGCUGCUAAUAGGGUCCUCAAAGGGUUAAAGCUAAUUUGCCAAUUUUUUUAAACAUAGAAGCAAUGAAUGUUUUCAUCAGUCAAGUUAGGAUCUGCAGUCUGUAAUAUAGCACAUGUUAACCCUCUGAGUGCAUAGAAUUUUAUUGAGAAUCCUUGCUGGGGAAUUUUUCAGGCCUUUGGAUGUACACGCACAUGUUUCUUGAUUCUGCUGCAGAUCAAGGGGUGUUCUUAAAAUGCAGAAACGGCCGGACAAGAAGGGGAUCUAGAGUGAUCUCUUGCUUGUCCUUUUCUGUGGGUUUAGAACAUGGCAGGUUUAUAACUUCAGCAUAUGCACCCCUCUUUCCUCUUCAUGAUCCUAUUAGGAAAGGGAAUUUUUUUUUUUUCUUCUUUAGAAGUAUAACCAUCUGCUGCAGUGAGGCCUGCAUGGUGGGGAGUGGAGGGAAUUGGGUUUGUGGCAAACAGCCUGACCCGGGAAAUUGUCGGUGCCCUCUCCCCGCAAACUGUCUCCAUACAAAGAUGUACUGGUGACACCUCAGAAAUGCUGCUUCUACAUCAGCUGCUGCUAGUGCCAGCACAGACCCUCCAGGGAUCACCAUGGCUUAUCUUGUGCAUGGUGAGGGAGGGUCUGUCUGCUCGGUAUCAAACAUCUACAGGGAAGAAACAACUGGUGGAAAAGAGCAAUAAAUUGCCAGGUGCUCAAUAAGGCUGGGAUUUCAAAUGGAAAGAGGAAAGAAGGUCCUGUACAUUUUCUCAUCUGCUUUUUUUCAUGGUUCUGUGGUCAUCAGUGUGAAAUCCACACAUAGUAUGAAAUCCAUUCAUGGAAGAGCUGGGGCACAGUGGAGCUAGAGGCAAGGGAUUUGCAAGGUGGCUGAGGAGAAAGCAUGGUAGGAACACAAUCCAGAAUGUUCUAAACCAAUUCCAUGUGUACCUUUAUAUAGUCUCUCUGGAAGAGCAGGAUAUAACACCUAGAAGAUGGCCCUAAGGAUAAAAAUUCCAUUCCCCAAGGUGAUUUUUCUUUUUAAUAUUCCGCUAUCAUUAACCAUGUGCGGAAACAUUUGUUUUCCUAUCUUUGGACUAAGUCCUGUCUGAGACCUGAAUUUCCACUCCUAUUACCAAAUCUCUCACUGGUAGGAGAAACUGCAGGCCUGGGUUUCUUCUGGAACAUAUCCCAUUUCAGAACAGGGGAUUACCAUUUCCUGUUCAUUACAGCAGAACUCAAAGAGGAGGAGAGGCAGAGUCUCAAAUCAAAUGUCCUCCUAAGAUUUGCUCAGCUCUGUGAUACAGGAAUAAUCAGUGAGUGAUAUCUCAUGAAAUUUGCAUCUGGAUGGCUGAGCAGUAUUUUAUUUCCUCAGUUUUGAAUAUACUUUAAUAUCACAGAGUCUUAAAAUUUCUGAAUUACAUUUCUAUAUUGAGUUCUUUGUUUUCAAAUUCACACUGAACUUCAAUUGCUGCUUUUUACCCUUCAGUCCUUAAAUUGUGGUCUAUGCUCUGAUAGAUUAUCAAAUCACAUCUCAUUGCCUUUGCAACACAAGACUCCUAGGUUUUUCGCUCUUCCACUUUUAGUAAGGGUUUAUUUUUCCCUCUCUCUCUCCUUUUAGACAAUCCAUAAAUUAUAACACCUAAAAUCAUAAAGUAGCAUAAACCAGCAAAUCAAUUGAAUUGUUUUUUUUGGGGGGGGGCAAGGGGCACAAAAUACCAGGAAUAGUAUGUCAGUGUAUAGGUUGAUUCCAUUUUAGUAAAGAAUACUGAACUGGUCUGAAAUUACUGCUUUCUCUGAAAUUAUUAAGUGAAGUGCCGUUUCAAGGUGAAAGAGUAGGUUUUUAGCUUGGCCUCAACUCUAAAUAUGUGAAUGUUUAAAAAAUCCUAUGGCAGAGACCUACUUGCAGUAGAUUGUUGUUUUCCCUUUUUUUUUUUUUUUCCCUCUGAAUUCCCCCCAACACACAUGGGCGUAAAAUGUGUUGCUACAGUAUUCAGUGUACAGAACCUACAAUGCAUGUCUCAGGCCUUUUUCCAUUAUCAUCUAAGGGGAAUUCUGGAGUGUUUCUCAGCAUGCUGCAGAGAGGCAGCUCAGAAGAAUGCAGGGACCAUGCAGCAUGAGGAUCCCGAUGCCUCCCUGUAGAAUUGGAGUGAUCUAUGCUGAAUAAACAGUGGAAUGUGACCUGUCAAGUAGAAAUAUUGAGUAAUCAGAUGGAAUGGAAUCUUUCUAGCAUUAAGCUACCAAGAUCUCGAAUGUCAGAGAUGUACUCAGAGGGUUAAUAGACAAGCACAAGGCAUGCCGAUGACGUUGGUGUAUCCAGAUUGCUUUGCUUUUAACCAGUGCUUUCUAAUUUUUUUCUCGACAUUCUUGGGAUAGUUCAAGUUUGAAAUAAUUAAGUGGUGGUGUUCUUUAAGGAAUUUCUAUAACCAAAUUGAUCUUAUUUUUUAUUUCAUUUAUCAUAGAACAAAUAUGUACCAUUAUGGCAGUGUAUCUCCGUAAUUACCAAUUUAUUCAUCGCCACAAGUGUUUCCAUAUUUUUUUUUUCAGGUAUUGAAUAUAGCUCUUAUGGUGGUGGCCUGGUGAUGGGAACUGUCUUUCCUUUACUGACAUAUGACCAACCAUAUGAUUUCAAGGGAAUUCUAAGAUUCAUCUUUUCAGUUCAAUAGUAGACUAACUGAGGAAGAACUCCUUCAUUAUUUGCAUCGUGUAAAUCAUCUCUGUAGAUGAGAACUGUUCAUGUUAAUGAACACUUUUUUUUCUCAAUAUUGUAGCAGAAAUCAUUUUAUUCAUCAUGGUCAAUGAAUAUGUGAUUUGCUCCAGAUCGUUAGAAGGAAAAGUAAGAUUACAGUCAUUGGAAAUGUUUUUACCGUAGCCCUCAUCUAACUUACACGUGGUGCAUAUUAAAAUAAGCAGAAGGAAAAAAUGUGAAUAAACUACUGAAAACACUCUGUGUUUUGUAUUCAAUGAAACCUUCCUGCAACCUGCUCAGCACCCCCACCGGUGGUAGUUAACAGGCCCCUCAGAUAUUGUUGAAAGAAAGCAAUAUAUCCAUGAAUGAAGGCUAAAAUUGCAAUCCUUUACCCUUUGAGGCAUAUUUCAGUUGAGGAAAAAAAAAAGGAAAGAAAAAUUGACUUUGAGGGUCACGGCGCUACUGUAUACCAAGGCUCAAGCAUAUUAAAUCACGGUUGUUUGCUGGCCAACGGCAUCGGUUAGACAACUCUAUCCCCUGUGUCGAAGCUGGAUUGUGCUGAAGGAGAGCUUUCUUAAUAUUAUUGUGUUGCCCCUAGCCCUUCUCUGGGUAAGGAUCUGUCAGCAUUUCCAUGAUAAACUCCUAUUCUCAAAGGUUUUUAAUUUGACCAUAAAAAUGUGCCCCAGGCCAAAGUUUGCUAUACAGGGUCUGUACCAGAGAGUGAAGGUUCAUUUCCCUCUCUUCCCAACUUCUUUCCAACUCUCCUGAGAAAAAAAAGAAGAAUCCAGUAUGUGUUCUUAAUUGUGAUUUAAGAAUUUUGUAAAAUACCCAGAUCCUGGAUGAUAGUUUUAACAUCAUUAUUCAUUUGGAUGUAUUUUCUUUGUUGUGGAUAUGUUUAAUGGAUCACCUAGCAUCCAAUGUAGAUAACGUAUCUUUUCUAUAAUUAGUAAGUUAUUCAUUUUGUAAACUGCUACAUUCUUUUCUUUUCUUUCUUUUUUUUUGUCCAAAGAUUUUUUUUUAAAAACUUGGUCAGUUCAAAGAUCAGCCUUUACCACACGUGUGAUCUGCCAUUUCCCUUAGGAGUUUGGGGAAAUACACUCAAAUAGACCCUUACUUUGCAUGCAGUUUUGAGGGUCAGAUAUAUGCUUCUUCGGAUAUAUGGAUUUCCUUAUUUAAUCAUCAAAUUUCAUGAAGCUGUUCUAGUCCAAUGGGGAAAAAUAGUGACUAAAAGCACUUCCAAAAGUAACAUUUUUGGUCAAUUCAGAUGCGGAUAGCAUAAAAUAACACAUUUCACACUUUCUUUAUUUAAAAGCAAAUAAAUCAAUGAAACUUGAGGACGCACUAAACAUUUGAUUACUGCAAAAGUGCUUUAAAAAUUGGCUCAAUGGUGCUUAUGCAUGGAACAGUUACAAACGGGUCCUUGAGACUGUCAGAUGGAAUCUCUAGUUUGUAUGUAAUUACACACUGAAGGAGGAGGUGCUUUUAAGCCAGUCUUUUAUUUUUUAAUCAUCUCAAAUAUGCAACCAUCCAUUCAGUAACAUUAAGGGUCAUAAACUGGUGGGAAACAGGAAAUGCAGUGUAGAAGCUUAGAAUGCCUCUGGCUGGAGUGUCUUUGUUUGUUUUUCUGUUGCUGUUGGCUUCUACUCUCAGGCUGGUGUGGUGAUUUUUUUUCAGUGAGUGAGCAUCUAACUGGCAGGUGUUUUGAUCAUGAGGUUUGCAAUAUCUUGCCCAUAGAGACAAAUGAGAGAUCUAGUUUCAUUCUUUUUCCCUAAAGGAAAAGCAAUCUCCAAUGUUAAACUAUAUCUGUAAAUUUCCUUAAUAUUCUUUUUUAGUCAACUGAGACCCUUAAUGUUGCUUUAAUGUAAAAUUGUAUAUUUUUGUCUGUGAUAUACUUUAUUAAUUUAAAGUAAUAGUUCUAAAGCCUUCACUGUUGGUAUUAAAAGAAAGUAGAAUUAUAAAAGUGAUGUUAAAGACUCUAAUAAUGUCAUUUCAUUCCAAUUCAAUCAAAUGUGGUAAGAAAAAGACCUUGAAUAGUUCCCUAGGGACAAUUUCUUACUUGCCAUUGACAUUAAUCUUUGAUGUAUUCUCAGAAUAAAUAAAAAGAAAUUGAAACUGGUCCAAGGUUAGAGUCAUAUCCUCAAUAACUUUUUUAAAAAAAUUUUAUUAGGAAAUUAAUAAUAGCCUUUUUCAUUCUGGCUGAAAGAAAAUUAUUAAAAGAUUAGUUGAGUGUGAAAUUAAAUAGUAUUUUGCUCAUGCAUACUAAAAAGAUGGACUGGAAACUUGCACUUAAACAAGUUUCCAAAAGGUUUCAAUUUGAUAGAAGAAGAAAAAAAAUCAAUGUUUCCUUUGAAAAUACUGAAUUUAUCACUUGCUGCAUGGAUCAGAUGGCAUAGGUUAAUCUUUGAUUUUCAGAAUCCUAAUGAAAUAACUUUCAAAUGAUUUGUGUCUAUGAUUAAAGGUGGAAUGAGAUCCGAUUUUUUCCUAAUCCUUCAGUUUAAGCUAAUAAAUGUAGGUUAAUGUGGAAUGAAGUCAUCUGUGAUAUGUUUAUUUAUUAGCUGAGCUUUUUUGAUGUUGCCUGUUUUUAUGUAAAACAUGUUCUUAAAGUUAAUAAAAUAAUAAUUCUUGGUGUAUGAA